AUGAAAAUUGAUUUGACUUUAUUUUGUUUGAUUUUAUACACUUUUGCUUCAUCAUGUGGUAUAAAGUUUUUAUAAAUGAUAGUUUCAAAUCUAUAAUAAUACGAUAUAUUUGCAACAGAAAAUGAGACUUUAGAAUGGGACAUGAAUGCUUUCUUUUUUACAGGAGAAAAUAUAAAGUUUAACGUUAAACAAGAAAGCAAUUUCUUUGAAGUUUUAAGUCCUUUACAUUAACUUGGUUAGACAACAAAUGCUUUAGGUAUCAUACUUUUUUAUUAUUAUAGAUUUGAAAAUAGUGUCUUUAAAACCUUUAUUAUAAAUAGAUAAUGGAGCAUGGACUAAUGUUUUUGCAGCAUUAGGGCUUAACUAAACAUGUUUUCAAGUUUUAUUUUCCAAAGAGUAAUAUAAAUAUAUAUUUUUUUAGUGGUAUUUUAAAUCAAGUUAAAGUCCCUAAUUUUAAUGAAUCUAUUAAACUAAGAGAUUUUACAAAUGAUUUUGCAUGUUAUGAUUUGGAUUUUAUUACAGAAACUAAAGUUGUUAUUGAUUGCAGUUUGUUUGAUUCAGAUAAUCCUUAAAAUAAUAUAAAUGGAUUCUUUAUUGUAGAUAUAGAUGAUGAAUAAUAUUUUGGAAUUGAAUUAAUUGAAAAUACCUAAGAUUACAAUGAUACAUAAUAUAGAAUAAUAUCAUUCCAUAAUUAUACAUUUUAUAAUAAGGAUGAUUAAAAUUUAGUAUUUAGAAGUGAACCUGCUUGGGCAACUAAAAAGGCUCUUUAACAAUUUAUUUUAGAGAAAAAUAGCAAAAUUGAAGUAUUUUAAUUUACAAGUAAAUUUACACUUUUGAAGAACACUCCUGUUGCAAUUUUAACAAAUGCAGUCUUAGCAAAAUUAUUAGGAAUUGAUGAGGGUAAGUUAGAAUUUUCAUUAGUAGACUUUAAAAUUGAAGCAAAUGGUAGAGUUAAUAUUUUAGAUGCAUAUAAUGGUUUUUAUGUAGUAUCUUUUAAGUAAAAAUUUCUAGAAUGGAAUUUGGAAGAUUUUAUAAACAUUUCAUAUAAAAGCCUUUGUUUUGGCUUUGAUAUUCAUAAUUCAUUUAAUAAGGAUGGAACUUUGACUAAAAAAGUAGUCUUUGUUUAUUAAAAUACACUUGUGUUGUUGGAGAAUGGAUUGUAAUCGUUUUAAUUACUUAUACCUAAAAUAGAUUGGUAUAAUGCAUUUUAAAUCAAAUUGAGUUAACAAUAUAUUAUUCUUAAGAUAAGAAAUACGAUACAUAUAUUUAAUAUAGAGAAUGGAAAGAAAAUCUUUACCUAAGUCGAAGAUGCUAGUAUCAUUAUAACAAAUCCAAAUUACGAAGAUGUUAUUGGUAUUAAUUCUUAAACUGCAAAGAGAUAUUUCCUUAAUAAUGGUUUAUUGAGAUUGAAUAGACCAGAUAAGGCUAGUUCUAUUAAUAAAUUUGUAACACUUUCAGCUGAAAUAAUAGACGAUCCCUCAAAACGUUGUUCAGUUACACUUAAUUUACUUGUUCUCAAAAAGAAUGAUACUUAAAUUCUUUCAUUUAACAAUAAUCCAUUUAAUCCAAUCAUAAUAAUUCCAUCUAAUCCAAUAAUUUUAAAAUAAAUUGCAUCUGGGCCUAAUUUAUAGUAUUCAUCCAUAGAUUUAAUAGAAGAUUAAUUAAAAAGCAAGAUAUCUUACAAAAUUAAAUAGGUGAUAAAACUAUAAAUAACAAAUAUUCAUAUGCCAGGUCCAAAAGAUAUUAUUUACUCAGAUAUUUUGGUUAAUGAAAAUCCAGCAGAAUUUUAUUUGUUGUUAUAAGUUCAAUCAAGAAUUGUCUAUAUAUAUAGCUGUUAACAUCAAUAUCAAAAUUUUGAAAUUGCAGAAUGUUUAAAUUAUAACACUUUUGCAUUUCCAUCUAUCAUUGAUUAACAUUUGGGUUUCUUUUCUUGGUUCACUAUUUAUUCUUAAUUAGUAAUUAUUCAUCAAAACUCAAAAUUUUCUAUCAAUAUAUAUUCAUUGAGAGACGGAUAAAUGAGAAAUAUUUAUAUAAUAGAAUUUGAUGAUAAAUAUUUUGAAAAUUAAAUCUCAUCAGUAGCAAUAAUCUUUGAUAGUAUUUAUAUAGUCUAAUCUGGAAUCAAGAGAGUUUCAAUAUAUUAAUUAUAUUCUCCAUUUAGGUUAUUAUAUGAAAUUAAUUAGAAUGAUAUACAGAAAUUUGAUAUGCAUGGAAUAUUUACUCCAAUUAAGGUUUUUGGAAAUAAAAGUAAUAUUUUGGCAUUUAUAUAAACAUAAACUUCUUUAUUGAUUGGAAUGUUUUCAAAAAUUUAAUCUCCCUCCUUUGUAAUACAUAAAGUGAUUCCAAUUUUAGAUGGAUCAGAUGUAGAAGUAGCUAUUGGAAUUAAUAGCUUUUUUGUAUUACAAACUUUGAAAGGUGAAGAUCAUAUCGAAGAAUAUCAAUACUAACAUCUUUAAAAUAUAUAUAAAUUAAAAGACAUUCCAUUAUUCAAUUAUAAACUGUAAAAACCUUUAACUGUAGAUUAUUCCUUUUAGACAGGAUGGUUUUAUGUAAGAGCAAGUGAUGGGUUAUAAACAGUUAUAUUAGUUUAUUAGCCUAAUGUCUUAUCUCACAUUUCUUUAUACAAAGUAUUAGAUACAGAAGGAUUAGUAAAAGAUGGAUUAAAAUUUAAUAUGGCAGUUGAUGGUGGAGACCAAAUGUUUUUGUAUUACAAUAACAACACUCACCAUUAAAUUAUAAGUAUCUUAUCAAAAUCUUAACUUUACGUUACUCCUAAUCCAGAUUAUAUUGAAUAUGUAAAUAAUUAAAUUAUUGCAGUAUAAAUCUCUGGUUUCUAAGGAGUUAGGCCAAUAACUUAAUAAUCCUUAGUUACUCUACUCAAUACGUAAAUUCAGUUAUUUAUUUAAUAAUCUUUAUUUGAUAGCAAAAAAAAAGUAUUUCCAUUUGUAAAAUAAUCUGGAUAUUAAUUUAUAAGCAUGGGAACUGAUUGGUAUUAGGGUUAAGUUACAAGUUUUAAUAUAAAAUGUUCAUAAUGCUUCGACUCUUUGUCUAUAUUACCAAAUAUUUAUAAAGUUAGAGAUGGUAAUUUUUAUGGUCAAAUUUUGGAUGGUGCAUCUUUUGGAUUGGCUGGAUAAGUUUAUUUAACAAAAAAUUCUUUGAUUUUUGAAGAUAUAACAGGUCUAUUAAAGUUAAAAAUAUUGAUAAACUUGAAAACCGAAAGCUGCCAUUAGAUUUCAAUAUCAGCAGAUUAUACUUUUAUCUUGUCAGCUUUUUAAAAUACAAAAAAUGAGGCAGGUUUAUUUAUUCAUAAAUGCUAGUAUUAAGAUGCUUGCUCUCAAUUCAGACAAGGUAUCGAAAUAUUGAAAGGCUUACAAAUGAUUACUAAAACCAAGAUGCCUGAUUAAAAAAAUAUCAUCAUAUUAAAUUUAAAUAAUUUUAUAGUUGUAGCCUCAUUAGAUGAUUAUGGAACCAUAUUCACUAUUUCUCAUAAAUAUAUUAUUAAUAACUAUUAUGUUGGAUCUAAUUAAUUAUUAAUUGGUGAUUUUGAUGUUAUUAAAUAUUCAAUAAAUAGCAAUUUAUUUGCAACCAUCCUAUUUACAGAUAUCAAUAAUGGUAUCUAUUUCUCUCAUUUUGCAUAUAAUGAUUAAGGAUUAUUAUUUAAAACUACCUAUGAAUUAUUUAAACUUAUUAAUUUCUCUGAUGAUUAAUUCUUUAUCAAUUAAGACACUAAAUUUUAUUAGGUGAAGGUAAUUUCAUCUUAAUUAAAUGGAAAUAUUUUAUAACUUAAUGUACUAAUUAGCACUAAUAAUUAAGCUCAAUAUGUUUUUGCUUUUGAUUUAGAUGCCUCAAAACCAACAUUUGGACUUCCUAUCAAAAAAUCAAGUGUGUCUCUUUUAUAUGUCUUAACUCCUUAUGGAGAUUGGCCUGCGAUUAAUAAACUUGCUUAUAUAGAUGGUAAUGUGGCAAUCCCUUACACUGAUGGAAAAAAAAUAGUGAUAGGAAUAUAUUAGCUUUCAAGUGGUAGGCCAUCAUCUGUGAAAUUUGUACCAUUUACACAUUCGAUUUCAAAAAAUUAUAAUAGAAUAACCCCUGAAUAAUUUUUUAUGAUAUUCAAUAGAGACACUGGAUCAACUUAUGUACAUAAUUUUAAUAAAUUUAGCCAUAAUUAUAUAUAAAUAUCGAUUAUGAUGAAAGAUAUGAUGAAUAUCUUGUAGAAUAUUAUAAGAUGAGAAGUGAUCCUUAAAUUGUUUUAAAAAACUCCACUAAUUAUUAAAAUGAACUUGUAAUUGAACUAUAUUUGAAUAAUGAUUUUAAUCAAAUAUAAGGUUAAGCCAUUUUAUAAUCUAAUAGUUCAAUCAUGGAAACAAAUAUAGGAAUUAUAAAUUUCAAAUUCUUGAACUGA